AUGGCAAAUGCAAACAAAGCCUCCGAGAGUGAAGGAAAGCGGUCUCCUCUUCUUCAGAAAGAGACGCCAAUUGAAAAAGUAGCAAUAUCUGACGCCUUGAGCCUUAUGCACGGCUGGAGAUUUGUGCCAGAUGAAAUUGAACUGAAAAAGAGAAUGCUCUAUGCUCUAGCCGUUGGGUUUGAGUGUUUAUCCAUUUGGGUCUACAAGCAAAUUAUCCCAUACGCGGACAAAUACGGAAGUGCGGAGUUCGAAAGCACCAUAUUUCCAAAGCUCAUGCAGGGCCAGGCGCAGACCAAGUAUGCGCAGGCAGAGAUACGCCAGGAAAUAGAAAAGAACAUCAUUGCCCUGGGAAGAAGGAUGUACGGCCAGCACCUGGACAUAUUCCUGGCAAAAGACCUGACGAAAGAGCAGAUAAAAGGGUUUAUCGAGUACAGUAGUAAAGGAGUAGGAGAUAAAAGCCCCGUUAGAGUGCUGUUUUGUCUGCUCAAGCUGCUUAUCACAGAAAUAGAAGAGUCAGACAUACGAACAAUCGAGCUCAUUGUCUUCCUCGGACACAUUUUAGACAGCAGAAUUUUCGACUAUCUGGUGUCUUAUUUCCACAAAGAGAAAGACCUUCUGCUGGAGAUUCUUCUGGUAAAGAUGAAGUACAGAGUGAUAGAUAUCCCCUGCCAGAAACACCUCACAGACGAAGACAUCGGGGAGAUCUUUGGCGCGCUCAAAAAGGUUUCCUACACAGAAGAAGAAGAGGAGAAGCUGGCCAAGAAAAUAGUGCUAGAUCUAUCCGAUGAAGUGGAAGUGACUUCUGCCAACUUCUUCAUAAUGCGCGCACUGGUGUACAUUAAGUGCAAGCCCGACCAGGAGAUUCUUCAGAAAAUGAUCGAAAAAAUGAAAAAUAAAAACAAGGCCGUAAGAAUGCAGUGCGUGAUCAUCCUGCAGGCAUUCGCAGAGUUUGAAGGCGUGACAGAUGCUUUGAUUGCAGCCCUGGAUGACGCAGAUGACGACAUAAAAAACCAGGCAAGGGUUUCUCUUUCUGUAGCCAUUCCUACCACACAGACGAAGAAAGAAGAGCUGAUAGACUAUUAUACGAAGUGGAUCAUAGAUGAAAAGUACGAUUACAUUGAGCAGCUACCAGAGAUACUACUCACAGCCAAAGAGACAGGCCACGCAAAGCACAGCGAGCUCUACGGGGAGUACUGUGCGCUCCUCGAAAAAGAAACAGGAAAUGUCCAGGUGCAGCUGGCGCAGAAAAUAGUGAAAAUAUUCUCGCUGUAUAUUAGAGAAGAAGAUUUGAUCACGGAGAACAUGAUAAAUAUGAAAAUAGAAGAAAAAAAAGGAGGACAGAUCGUAUUUCCCUCGCCUGACAUGUCCGCAGAGGGAGCAGCCAAGAAAUAUUCGGUGGACAAAGCUGUGCACGAUCUGGAGGAGAUAGUAAAUAUAUUUAUGAAAGCAGGAGAAACAGCUGAGUGCGUAGUUGAAAUGCUGCCUGAGCUGAGAAAGCUGUUCAGAAACUCGUUCACGGGAAAAGUCUUGGAGACGCUCUACGAAAGAGACCCCGAGAGAAACUGGAGAUACUGGAUGAAUCUGCUGAAAACAACAGAAAAAAUAAAAGAACACAUUGGAGAGACGCAGAAGGACAGGAUAAAGAAAAGAGUAAAAGAGCUCACCAGGCACUGGGCCAGCGCAGUGAGAGCAGAGGCUAAGAGAGUAGACGGUCUAUUCUGA